AUGACUCAGUUUUCAACAAAAUCGAUUCAUAGUGGUGAUCAUUUAAGAAAAACUACUGAUAUUGCACCUCCAAUUCAUGUAAGUACAACUUACAGUUAUGAUAGUAACCCUGCAAAUUUAAUACCAGGUGAAUUAACCAAUCCAGAUACAUUUGUUUAUUCAAGAGAAAAUCAUCCUAAUGCUGCUGCAAUUGAAGCUAUAGUUGAAGAUAUUACUGGUUAUCCUGCUAUUGUUUAUAAUAGUGGUUUAAGUGCUUUUAAUGCUGUUAUGAUGCAUGUCAAUCCAAAAACAAUUGCUAUUGGUCAAGCUUAUCAUGGAUGUAUUGGAAUUGUUGAAAUGUGGCAAAGAAAUUUCGGUUUGAGAAAAAUUGAUAUUGAGUCAGAUGAUCAAUCCGAUUUACUUCAUUUAGAAACUCCAGUUAAUCCAUAUGGGUUAUAUUUUGAUAUUUCAAAAUAUGCAGAAAAAGCUCAUUCAAAAGGAGCUUUACUAUCGAUUGACUCAACAUUUGCACCUCCACCAUUAAUUGAUCCUUUCAAAUUUGGAGCCGAUAUAGUUAUUCAUUCCGCUACUAAAUUUUUUGGAGGUCAUUCAGAUUUAUUAGCUGGUUUGGUACUUGUGAAAUCACAUGAUAUAAAAAAUAAAUUUUUAAAAGAUAGAUUAGUAUUGGGUACAAACAUUGGUAAUUUAGAAAGUGCUUUAUUAGUUAGAAGUUUAAGAACAUUAGAGUUAAGAGUUAAAAGACAAUCUAAAACUGCUGAAUUUAUUGUUAAAUUUUUAAAUGAAAAUAAACAUAAAAUUAAAGAUUUAGAAAAAAUUUAUCAUGGUUCAUUACAAAAUGAUGAUUAUAUUUCAGAACAAAUGAAUGGACAUACUCCUGUUUUUUCAAUUGAGUUAGUUUCUGAAGAAAAAGCUAAGGAAUUUCCAUCAAAAUUAAAAUAUUUUUAUCAUGCUACAAGUUUAGGUGGUGUUGAAAGUUUAAUUGAAUGGAGAGCAAUGAGUGAUCCACAUAUAAGUAAGAAAUUAUUAAGGAUUUCAAUUGGAUUAGAAGAUCCAAGAGAUUUAUUACAAGAUUUACUAAAUGGCUUGGUAGACAAUCAAGAAUUAACUGAUAAGGUUAGAAGUUUAAAUAUUGAUUAUUAG